AUGUAUACAACAAUUAAGCAACUUCAAUCAGGUUCAUUUGGUGAAGUAUCUUUAGCUAAAGCUAAAGAUGAUACUAAUCAAUCAUUAGUUUGUAUCAAAUCAAUGACAAAGAAGGAUUCAACUAUUAAAGAAAUUGCAUAUAAUGAAAUUUCAAUAUUAAAACAAUUAAAUCAUCAUCCAAAUAUUUGUCAAUUAAUAGAUUCUUAUGAAGAUGAUGACAAGAUAUAUAUAGUAUUAGAAUAUUGUUCACAAGGUGAUUUAUAUGAUUUAAUUCAUUCAACUACUUUAACUGAUAAACAAAUUCUUAAUUUAUCAAAUCAAUUAAUUGACGCCAUUACAUUUGCCCAUUCAAGAGGUAUUUAUCAUCGAGAUAUUAAACCUGAAAAUAUAUUGAUUGAUUCUCAUGGACAAUUUAAAUUAGCUGAUUGGGGUUUAGCUACUACUAUUGAAUAUAAUGAUGAAUUUAAUGUGGGGACUGAUAAAUAUAUGGCACCUGAAUGUAUGUCAUCUUUAAGAUCAAUACAACCAACUACUUAUGAUUGUAAAUAUGCUGAUUAUUGGUCUGUUGGUAUAACUUUAUUAACAAGUAUAUUUGGUACUUGUCCAUUUAAAACAAAUUCACAAAAUAAAUUAGAUUCAAAUUUUAAGAAUUUUGUUGAAUUAAAUAAUUUACAUAUAUUAUUUGAUAUUUAUCCAAAUAUGAAUAAUAAUUGUUUUGAAAUAUUUGUUAAGAAUUUAUUAAAAAUUGGUACUGAUGAUGAUGAUUUAGAUAAUUAUAAUUCAAAAAUUAAAUCAAGAGAUUUAAAUAAAUUUAAAUCUGAUUUAAAUAAAAAUUGGAUUUAUGGUUUUACCCUUGAUGAAUAUGAAGAAGAAGAAAUUGAACCUGAAGAUAUCUCAUCAACUCAUGAAGAUCAAUAUGUAUUCAACAUGGAUGAUGAUGAUGAAUAUAAUGAAGAAUUCAACCAACUCUCAUCCAACCCAAUCGACUCCUCAUAUCCAAUUAUAUCCACCUAUCCAAUCACAACCAUCCUCAACACCACUACCUCCACCACCACGCAUAACCAAUCCCACUCCUCCCCAUCUGAAACUGAAGAAGUUGGAGAACCAAUGGUUAAAUUACCAAGCUUAGUCAAAUCAUCAUAUCAAUCCAGUGGACAAUCAUAUCAUUCUUCACAAUCUUGGUGUGAUUUGGAUGAAGAUGAAGGAUUUAAUAUUGAAUUCGAGAUUAUGAGAAUGAGUUUGAAUGGUGGUAAGCUUGGUGGAAUUAAGAUUAAUGAAGUUGAGAUAUUAGAAGAGGAAUCUGAAGUUGCAUAA